AUGGGGAAGAUCAUUUUCUAUGAGGAUAGGAACUUCCAGGGUCGCUCCUUUGAGUGCAGCAGUGAUAACCCUGAUCUACAACCCCAUUUCAAUGCUUGUAACUCUGUCCGGGUAGAGAAUGGCUACUGGAUGCUUUAUGAGCGACCCAAUUACAUGGGACACCAGUAUUUUCUGAAGAGGGGAGAAUAUCCUGAUUAUCAGCAGUGGCAGGGACUCAAUGAUUCCAUCAGAUCCUGUCGUUUACUCACACAACACCUAGGAUUUGGAAUGAAUAAAAUCAGAGUAUAUGAAAGAGGUGACUGCAAAGGAGAAAUGAUGGAAUUCCUGGAAGAUUGUCCAAAUGUUUAUGAUCGCUUCUGCUCUCAUGAAAUCCAUUCUUGUAAUGUUCUAGAUGGUUACUGGAUAUUCUAUGAGCUCCCCAACUACAAGGGCAAGCAAUAUCUGCUCAGGCCCGGUGAAUAUAAAAGGUUCACUGACUGGGGCUCCCAAAUUGCAAAGGUUGGGUCUUUCCGUCAUGUCUUGGAGCCAUAUUAA